AUGGCCCGCGCCCCAUCACCGCAAAGAGAAAUGGAGGCCACAAGCCAGGUACCUGAAUCACUCCCAUCCACACCAGCCAGAUAUUCCCUGGCCCCGUCCUUUACAUCAGAGCCUCAAGUGACGCCGGACGGUGAGUGGAGGGAUAAACUGCCCAACCUCCUCACAAAAUCAGAUUUUGAGGCCCUCUCCGACCGCCUAGGCCGCGUAGUCCGCGAAGAAGUAGCCCAGCUUCGCUCGGACCUGUCAAAUGUGGAGGCCCGCAUGACAGUAGCGGAGGCCGAAACCAAGGCCCUCUGGACGGAUUUGGAACACACCAUUUCAGUGGUAACAGGCCAGGAAGCAGACAUGGCACAGCUCACCACGUGGGUGGAUGACCUGGACAACCGCAGCCGCAGGCUGAACCUGCGUGUCCGCGGGGUGAGAGAAGGGGGCCCAUGGUGAGGCAGAUCUUCACCCAGGUACUGGGGGGGCAGCAUAUACCCAGAAUAGGCCUAGUCAGAGCACUGAGACCCCAGCCAGCACCAGAGGACCAACCCAGGGAUAUAAUAUGCAGUCUUGACAAUUAUCAGCUAAAAGAAGAAAUCCUACACACAGCCCACCACAUGGCCACACUCCGCCUAGAGGGACAAAUUAUAACCAUCUAUCAAGAUUUGUCCCAAUUUACGCUGCAGGCAAGGAGAGUCCUGCACCCAGUGACGUCGGCCCUGCAACAGGCUGGAAUACCAUACCGCUGGGGAUACCCAUUCUCCCUAACAGUCAGACACGGCCCAGACCAGCUGGUAAUACGGAAACCAGAAGAAGUCCCAGGCUUCAUGCGCACUAUGGGCCUCCCGCCGGUACAGGUAACCGACUGGCUGGCGAGGUCGUUCCUCCAGCAACCACCAGGACCGCAACAACCACGCAGACCCGACCACGGCCUUAAAAGGCCCCAGCACCAAUGCCAACACGGCUGGAACCAAGACCAAGCGAGGCGGGAACAAUAAACAGAAGAAGCACCACACAGCCAGGGCGACAGUAGGGGGACGCACGGACCACCGACAGAGCAAGACGAACAGUGAGUAA